AGCAAUUUCAACGAGGACUAGUCUUCGUAGUUCAGUCGUUAUUCAGGUAUCGCGCGAGAACGAUCACUUAUUAAGUCGCGAAUCGCGAGUUUAGUUAUCACGAAGAUGCUGAUUGUUCGUACUUUCAAUACCAACUCGGCCAGAAGCUAGUUUUAUACCUGUCAGAUAUAAUAUCACAAUGUGAUAAAUUUGCGAUCAGAACUAAUUGAAUUGAUAUUGUUGCGCGAAGUAAUCAGCAAGCAAAUUUAUUGAAGAAAUAAACUGAGAUAAUAAAUUUGUAAAAUGUAAAUAUAUGUGUAUUGUCACAACAAAUGUACAUAUCUUUAAGGAGAUAAGAUUGACAUAAGCUUUUACAACGUAGUGAUCAACAACUGCACCUCAUUCGUAUCCAAAUAUUCUUAACACAGUGCAAGGUGGAAAGUAGUAAGGAAUACCAAUUUGGAUAGUUCAGUGACACUACGUAACGGGAAUUCUUCAAAAAAUGCAAACGUUUCUAAAAUGUGAACAGAACAAUGGACUACGUGAAUUAUUAAUUACAUAAUUUUAUCUCAAACGCUGUGUGUAAUAUUCUCGCGCAUCUAACGUAAUUCUUUCUCUUGAUCGGAUCCAUCGUAUCAAGAAUCGAUUCGCGCACCUAAGCGAACUCGUGAAUCGCCGGAGGAGCAAUGAUGGAGAGCGUGUACGUAAUAAAAGUGAAGACAAAACCGCCGUUGUCGUCUUUAUAUCCAUCGGAGCGUCGUUACUCGGCUUCAACGGUCGGCGGCCUGUCCUUGGUCCACUUCGGUCUAGGUGUUCUGUCCCUCCUUCUGGGAACCCUCGCCUUGUCCCUGCAGGGUCCGAUUCUGUCUGUUGCGUGUAUGGUGCCGUUCGUGACGGGGCUCCUCGCUUGGCGGCGCUGGUACAUCAAUCGGAACAUCGCUAUUUUCUUCUACGGAAGCCUCUUUUCCUUGAUAGCAGCAAUUCUCUGCUUUGUUCUUACGAUCCUCGACAUUACGGCAGCUUCUGAUAGUACCGGAGGAUCUAUGUGGUCAUUGAAGACACCGAACGUUCAAUUUCAUCACGCCGACAAUGUCACGAACAUGAGCGCUCAUGUGAGAGAUAUCGUGUACAAUUCGCUCAACGUCACCAAAAAUGAUGAAUCGAGAUUGGAGGAAUCUAUUGGAUCACCUGUGACUUCGGAACCUUUCAGCAUCGAACUCAAUAUGUCAGAUUAUCACGACGAUGUUAGAAAUGGCAGUUACGACAAUCUUAAAGCGGAAGCGUCUUUGAUGUUUGAGGAAAAAUUGAUAUCGAGAGAAGUUUUUCAGGACGAAGACGCAAUGAACAUUACGCAGAAAUCUACGGAUUUGACAAAAGAUGAAACCGAUUUUUGGAAACAGUACGAAAACUCAUCGCACACAAGAAUGCUGUUGACGUUCAAUGUCUUGAUGGCGUCUCUUCUGGAGAUCUUCUGGUCGCUACUCAGCGCGAAAAUCGCGUUCCGCGGAAUGAUGAGUCCGGAUAGCGGGAACAUCAUCGCCGGGUCGAAGACGGUGAUGAGAUUACCAGUGCAGAAGAGAAAACCACCGGCACCCAAACCGCCGGAUAUCUUGGAUCACGAUCGUCGGCUGUCGGAUAAUCCGAAUUUUAACAACUUGCAUGGUCUUACUGGUCCAGGAGCGCGAUUACCUUUGCCGGAAUCUAGCAAAGAAUUUAGAGAAAGAGUCGAAAGAUUCCUGGCGAAUCAGGCAACGCAGAGAAUCGUUGAAGGUGCUUGAAGCUAACAAUUUCAAUAUAGAUUCUCUCUUUUUUCAUAAACACUAUUUAAAUUAUGAAAUAUUUAAAUCUCUAAAAAAUGUUCUUCUUUCCUUUGAUAGUAGAGUAGUU